GCUCUCCUCCAUUCAGUCUUCGAGUGGCUCUUAACGCGUGAGUCUCGUCUCUUGGACGCGUGUGGAUAGUUUUGUAAAAGACGCCGCUGUUCAUACUGGCUUCACAACGGCGAUCAUGGAGGUGAUUUACGGAUUCUUUCAAAUUUUGGCGCUCUUCUUGACCACCUUGUGGUUCUUCACGUGGCUGUGCGAGCGCAGAAGCGAUACAGGCUGGCUGUUCGAGCGGAGGCGUCAAUUAGCGGUUCGUUGGAUCGCGAGGAGAAAAAGGAGCCGAGUUGGCCUGCAAAGUGAUUCGAACGAUGAAAUGGAUAAGCUGGUCGACGGCGUUAGGGAUAGACAACACCAGGAUUCAAACGCAGUCAGCUACUACGGCGCCGAUCUGAAGAACAAUUUCGUGUUUGUCGAAAUAAACUAUCGACAACGCAAUCACGCAGAAGUGUCCCUUUUCUUGGGUCUGGAAGACGGUCGAACCUAUGAAUUGGCUGAUCACCCAAACACUGUCACGUACGAUUUCGGGACGUCGAGCUGGUCUGCUGCGGGUUUGAAAAUAAGCGUUUUGGAGUCCGGAAGGCGAGCGCGCAUAAUCUUCAACGGACUGCUGAGGAAAGGAAAUCGAUCGGAUAUUAAUCGGGAUAGCGACGCUGACGUCGAACACGUGUGCUUUAAUUGUAUCUUCGUAGCAAACGCCCGACCGAUAUCGCUCGAGCAAUUCUGGACUUCCGAUCUCCGAGCCGGAGCUCUCGCUCAGAGUUCCUGGAAAAAAUCCAAGUGGCAACAGCUCAUAGACAAGUUAAACAUCGACGAGAUCGACCAGUACGGAUCUCUCGUAGGGCAGUUGACCUUCGAGAAUUCGUCGAGCGUUGAGCUAUAUUUGCGAGGAGUGCGCCAAUGCUGCUGGGGAAAAUGCGAUGCAGUUCACUACGACAAGAGAAUUUGCAUCACGGGCUUCGAUGCUAUGGGUGUCCAGUUCCGAUUGAACUUGGCUGACUUCAAAGACGGAUUGAAGAAUGUGAAAUUCGGACACGUAAAAGACCCCACGGACAACUUGCACCCGAUCACCGCGAUAAAUUUCGACGAGAAACGAUUCUUCGGCAGAUUCGACAACGGGUUCAACGAGUACUCGAUCGAUUUCACCGCCGGAGGUAAGAAAUACGAAGCUAUCGUCCAAUUGCACAGGAGAAAUCAAAGGACCCUCUACGGAGGCUAUCCAUGGGACUCCCAGUAUUACUAUUGCAACUUCGAGCUGAAAUUAAACGACGUCCAAGGCGUCGGUAUGAUCCAGUUGUGGAAACCAUACUCAGGUGCCUGUCCAGUUACGGUACCAUCGAUUAAACGAUUCGUGAAAGCUCGACAGCCCGACGAAAUUCCUCAAGUCUACACCCUCUCGUUCGAAGACAGCAGAUGUCAAAACGAGAGCCUCGUCGGAGGCAAAGGCGCCUCACUGGCAGAGCUUACUUCGAUCGAAACUUCGAAGUUUGUCGUACCCAAAGGCUUCUGUGUGACGGCCCAUGCUCUCGAGUCGCAUAUAAAGUAUCACGCGAAACUGGAAGAAGCCAUCGAUGAGUUUGUGACGAUCUGCAGUUCGGGAAAAAUCGGUAAUCUCAGAGAGUACUGCCAAAGCAUCGUCGAACUGAUGGAGAACACGCCGGUACUUCACACCGUACAAAACGAGAUUCUCGAUUCUUUGAAGAGCUUGGAAUACAGCGAUCGGCAAGUCAUGUACGCCGUGAGGUCUAGCGCAGUCGGAGAAGAUAGCGAAGACACGUCGGCCGCGGGACAGAACUCGACCUUCCUUGGUAUCAAGGAAUCUGGUCAAGUUGUCAAAUACGUCGCUCACUGCUGGGCCAGUCUGUACACUCACCAGAGCGUCGAAUACAGGAGGCAGCACGGAAUGCCGAUAAGGGCAGCGAUGGGCGUUUGCGUCCAGCAGAUGGUGGACGCCGAAGCCGCCGGAGUGAUGUUCACGAGGCACCCGAUCACCGGCAAUCCGAAGGAGAUCCUCAUAACUUCGAAUUACGGUUUAGGAGAAGCAGUGGUAUCAGCCCUAGUCGACCCGGACACCCUGAUGAUCGAGCGCAGCCGAAGCGACACCUUGUCCCUCAAAAGCUCGACGAUCGGCAAGAAAUCGCAGAAGGUCAGCUUGACUUCCGACGGUGGUACCCACUGCCUCGGUCUGUCUCGUCACGAAAGAGACGAGUUAUCGGUCAGUCUGGAGCUCGCGAUGAGGUUGGCGCACGUCGGUGUGAGCCUGGACAAACUCUACGGGGCACCUCGAGACAUCGAGUGGGCUGUGGUCAAGGAUCAGGUCUACCUGCUACAGUCGAGGCCUGUCACGGCACUCGACACCUGGACGGACUUCGAACUCACUCACGAGUUGGGAUCCGGUGUACCGAGCGACUACGAUAUCUUCACCUUCGCCAACGUCGGGGAAGUCUUGUCGACGGCGAUCACGCCACUGACGAUGAGCAGCGUCGUGCACGGCUUGAACAUCUCGACGGAGACCAACCUUCACAGGAAAGCUGUUGAGAAACUUUACACGACUCACAUGUUCAUCAGCAAUAUGAGGUGUACACUCAAUUACAUGAACCUUCUUUUCCGCUUCGUCGAAGAGAAAAUCUCCCUUAGCAACCGCGUGACCGAGAUCGCAGUCUGCGGCCGAUCGAUCCUGACACUCGAGAUCCACGAGCGCAUCAAGAAGCGCAACGGUGUCAUGAACCUAAGCGCCAGACUAAACCUGACCAAGCAGAUGUUGACCGACCUCUGGAAGAACCUAGAGACCGUGGAGAGGGCCGAGAACGUCGUCGCCCAGUACAAGAAGAAACAGGAGAGCUUGAAAGGCCGGAAGAGAUCGACCAAGGAGAUGUACAAGAUGCUCGAAGAGGCCAUAAAGGAGUUAACCGCUGUUGGAGUUUCCCACAGCCAUACCUCGAAGUGCAGCAUAUUCUACCAGGUUCUCAUGAUGUCGAUCCUCAGCGAGGGCAGCGAGGAGCUGAGCAUGGAACACUACUCGGACAUCGCACUGCUGCUCGGGUCUUGCAGCGACGUCAUCAGUGCACAAGUACCGGUGGUGCUGAAGGAGAUAACGAGAACCAUCAGGGAGAGCGGCGUGGGCGAACAGUUCAAGAGUCUUGAGCCAACGGAAGCAAUGGACUGGCUGAAAGUCAAUUGUCCGAAGGCUCACGAGCAGGUGUUGAACUUCGUGAAGGUACACGGACACCGGGGAAUCGAGGAAUUCGACCUGAUCACGGAGACGUGGGGCAUGAAGCCAGAGAAAUUCCUAGCGACGAUACAGUCCAUGCUGAAGACAAAAAGCGACAUCGAGGAGGGCUCCAGUAAAGAUCUGACGGCAGCAGAAACGGUAGCCCGACUGAAGACACCUCGCAAGUCGAGCACGCGCUUCGUCCUUCGGAUGUUACUGCCGGCGACGCGGAAAGCCGUAGCCCGACGCGAGACGACAAAAGCUCUGCUCAUCGAGAUGGUGCACAAUCUGCGGAUGGGAUAUCGCCGAUUGGCAGAACGACUCGCGAAUGAAGGACGACUGCCGGAUCCGAGUCUGAUCUUCUUCCUCACACAUAACGAACUGGCUGAGCUGCUCGACAAACCUGCGCCGGCGCUUAUAAGAAAGGCCGUGAGGAGAAGAAAGAUCAGACCGAAGCUGCUGGGAUACAAGUACCACGAGAUAAACUAUGGGCUGCCCAGGCCCGUCGAACUAACAAAGCUCGACGCACCGAGGGGAACAGGCGUUCGGGUCCAAGGUACGUCGGUAUGCAACGGCGAGGUGACGGGCCGCGCCUGUGUCGCCCUAACUCUGGAGGAAGCCGCGGGCAUCCAAUCAGGUGACAUCCUAAUUACAAACGCCACGGAUAUCGGCUGGAGCCCAUACUUCCCACUGUUGGGUGGCGUCGUCACGGAGCUCGGCGGACUGAUUAGUCACGGUGCCGUCGUGGCUCGGGAAUACGGGCUGCCCUGCAUCGUUGGCGUCGAAAAUGCCACCAGGAUAUUCAAAACCGGUGACACUGUGACUUUGAACGGAUACACAGGAAGCAUUGAAAUCGUUGAAACUGAUGUUAAAGAGGCUCCUUAGUUUUAAGAAGAACGCAGUGCUGUUGAUUGUUAUGAGAAUAAAUGCCACAGCUAUGUAUAAAAAGUAAAAUUUUUAUUAUAAUACAAUAAAUAUAUAUAUAUAUAUUUUUUUUUUAAAGAGAUGAAACAAAUAAACGUUUCAGCGAAACCUCAUGUAGGUGUAAACCCGGUUAAUUUCAUUUUCCGCGAUAGUAUAAAACAACGUCGUUUUCCGUAUGUAUAAAUUCAUGAUAACUAGAAUAUAUUGCCUUUCUCCGACUAAUCUUGCAAAAGCAAAAUUAUUGCAGAAAAAAAUUAAAUAAAA